GGUUAGUUGCACAUGCUCUCGAUGCUCUGGGUAUGGACGGAGGUUCUGCAAUUGCAAUUGAUAUGCCAAUGUAUGUCUACUCUGUGAUUAUCUAUCUUGCAAUUGUUCUAGCAGGCCAUGUAGUUGUAUCCAUUGCUGACAGUUUUGCUUCACUUGAAAUAUCAACAAGGCUCAAAAUAUCAGAAGCGAAAGCCAUUUUUACUCGGAUCUUAUUAUUCGUAGUGAGAAAAGACUACCUUUGUAUAGCUUCCAUUCUGCAGUAGAGUUGUGGAAGCUCAGGCACCUAUGGCCAUUGUUAUUCCAUCCAGAAGCUCUAGUAUCAGCAUCAAGUUGCGUGAUGGUAAUAUUUUGUGGCAUGAUUUUCUAGAAAGAGUUAAAACAUUCAAGUAAGCACUCUAUUACUUCUGGCUAAUAGUCAUCCGUUGUCAUUCCCCAUAUCCUUAUACCUUCAUUUUUCUUGAAGAUAAUAUAUUAAAGUUUGUAUAGCUUGUUUUGAUGCCAUAUCUGAGCGAUUUCCAUGAGAUAUCUUUCGUUUUCACUAUUGUGGAAUUGAUUUUUUGUUUUUCUAUUUGUAAGUAACCAAGAUUUACAUCUUUAAUGAAAGUGGAUGUUAAGUGUAAUUACUUG